AUGAACGGCGAAGAGCAGUACUACGCGGUCACGCAGCUUUACAAGGAUCCGUGCGCAUUUCAGAGGGGCUCUGCGCCCGAGUUCAACGCCAGCCCCCCGGCAUGCCUGUACAUGGGUCGCCAGCCCCCACCGCCACCUCCCCAGUUCCCGGGCGCCCUGGGAGCGCUGGAGCAAGGCAGUCCCCCGGACAUCUCCCCGUAUGAGGUACCCUCACUCGGCGACGACCAGGCGCUGGCUCACCUACACCAUCACCUCCCUACUCAGCUCGCACUUCCCCACCAUCCGCCCGCCGGGCCCUUUACGGAUGGAGCCGAGCCAGGUGCCCUGGAGGAACCGGGUCGCGUGCAGCUGCCUUUCCCGUGGAUGAAGUCUACCAAGGCUCACGCGUGGAAAGGCCAGUGGGCAGGCGGCGCCUACACCGCCGAGCCGGAGGAGAACAAGCGGACCCGCACGGCCUACACCCGCGCGCAGCUGCUGGAGCUGGAGAAAGAAUUCCUCUUCAACAAGUACAUCUCACGGCCGCGCCGCGUGGAGCUGGCCGUCAUGCUGAACUUGACCGAGAGACACAUCAAGAUCUGGUUUCAGAACCGCCGCAUGAAGUGGAAAAAGGAGGAGGACAAGAAGCGCGGCUGCGGCAGCACCGCAGGCGGCACCGGCAGCGCGGAGCCGGAGCAGGACUGCGCGGUGACCUCGGGCGAGGAGCUUCUGGCUCUGCCGCCCCCGCCACCCCCGGGCGGUGCCCUGCAGCCCGCGGUCCCCGCCACUGCGCGCGAAGGCCGCCUGCCCCCCGGGCUGAGCGCGUCGCCGCAGCCCUCCAGCGUGGCGCCCCUGAGGCCGCAGCUGAGGCCGCAGGAACCGCGGUGA